CUCCCGCCCUCCGGCCGCCGCCGCCGCCGCCGGGGGCCCCGGCCGGGCAGGGGGCGCGGCGCGCGCCGGGAGCGCCGCCGGAGAUGGCGGGAGGGCACUGCGGCAGCUUCCCCGCGGCGGCGGCCGGCAGCGGCGAGAUCGUGCAGCUCAACGUGGGGGGGACCAGAUUUAGCACCUCAAAACAGACGCUCAUGUGGAUUCCAGAUUCCUUCUUUUCCAGUUUGCUGAGUGGAAGAAUCUCAACGCUUCGCGAUGAAACUGGUGCUAUAUUUAUUGAUAGAGAUCCUGCAGCAUUUGCACCCAUUUUAAAUUUUCUUCGGACAAAAGAACUAGACUUAAGGGGAGUGAGCAUUAACGUGCUCAGGCACGAAGCCGAGUUUUACGGAAUCACUCCAUUAGUGCGCCGGCUCCUGCUGUGCGAGGAACUGGAGCGCUCGUCGUGCGGCAGCGUGCUCUUCCACGGCUACCUGCCCCCGCCAGGUAUUCCCAGCCGUAAGAUAAACAAUGCCACGAGACCCCCUGCGGACCCCAGGAGCGGACUGAACUCUGCGGAAGGGGAGACGCGGGGAAACGGGGCCCAGCCCGUCCUCUCUGGGUCCGGGGAAGAGACGGUCAGGCUGGGCUUCCCCGUGGACCCUCGCAAGGUGCUAAUAGUGGCCGGCCACCACAACUGGAUCGUCGCCGCCUACGCCCACUUCGCGGUGUGCUACAGGAUCAAGGAGUCCUCGGGGUGGCAGCAGGUGUUCACCAGCCCGUACCUGGACUGGACCGUGGAGCGCGUGGCCCUGAACGCCAAGGUGGUCGGCGGUCCGCACGGGGACAAGGACAAGAUGGUGGCGGUGGCCUCCGAGAGCAGCAUCAUCCUGUGGAGCGUGCAGGACGGCGGGAGCGGCAGUGAGAUCGGAGUGUUCAGCCUUGGCGUCCCCGUGGAUGCGCUCUUCUUCAUCGGGAACCAGCUGGUGGCCACGAGUCACACGGGGAAGGUGGGGGUGUGGAAUGCUGUCACUCAGCACUGGCAGGUCCAAGACGUGGUGCCCAUAACCAGCUACGACACGGCCGGGUCCUUCCUGCUGCUCGGAUGCAACAACGGGUCCAUCUACUACAUCGAUAUGCAGAAGUUCCCCUUGCGCAUGAAGGACAACGACCUCCUCGUGACUGAGCUGUACCACGACCCUUCGAAUGACGCCAUCACCGCGCUGAGCGUCUACCUCACACCCAAAACAAGUGUCAGCGGGAACUGGAUCGAGAUCGCCUACGGUACGAGCUCCGGAGCGGUGCGCGUGAUCGUGCAGCACCCCGAGACGGUGGGGUCGGGCCCCCAGCUCUUCCAGACCUUCACAGUCCACCGCAGCCCCGUCACCAAGAUCAUGCUGUCCGAGAAGCACCUGGUGUCAGUCUGUGCGGACAACAACCACGUCCGCACGUGGACGGUGACGCGCUUCCGGGGCAUGAUCUCCACGCAGCCCGGGUCCACGCCGCUGGCGUCCUUCAAGAUCCUGUCCCUGGAGGAGGCGGAGAGUCACGGGAGCUACUCCUCCGGGAACGACAUCGGGCCUUUCGGAGAGCGGGACGACCAGCAGGUGUUCAUCCAGAAAGUGGUCCCCAUCACCAACAAGCUGUUCGUGAGGCUCUCGUCCACGGGGAAGAGAAUCUGCGAGAUCCAGGCGGUGGACUGCACCACCAUCUCCGCGUUCACCGUGCGGGAGUGUGAGGGCUCCAGCAGGAUGGGCUCGCGGCCCCGGCGCUACCUGUUCACGGGCCACACGAACGGCAGCAUCCAGAUGUGGGACCUGACCACGGCCAUGGACAUGGUCAACAAGACUGAAGACCGGGACGCAGGGGGCCCGACGGAGGAGGAGCUGCUGAAGCUGCUGGACCAGUGCGACCUGAGCGCGUCGCGCUGCGCCACCCCCAGCAUCAGCCCCGCCACCUCCGUGGUGCAGCCCAGCCGCCUGCGGGAGUCCAGCUCCAGCCUGCAGCUCCAGCACCCGGAGACCGUGCGCGACGCAGCCACCUACGGCUCCCUGCGGCCCUACCGCGAGAGCCCCCUGCUGGCCAGGGCCCGGAGGACCGAGAGCUUCCACAGCUACCGGGACUUUCAGACGCUCAACCUGAACAGAGAGGGGGAACCGGCUGUCCCCGAGAACGCUACCUCGGGCCCCGGCCACGCCGAGGUCAAGUGCGCGGCCGGGGAGUGCGCCGUGCCCGAGAGGAAGUCUCCGGGAGCGGAAACAAAAGGCGGGAGGGAAUCCGAGAGCGGGUUGGAAGCGCACAAAGUAGCGGAAGCCUUCCUAGAGUCUAAGAAAAGGUCGUCGGAAGAGGAGAACGACAGCAAAGUGGAGUUGCGGAGGAAGGGGGGGUUUGAAGGCGGGGGCUUCCUGGGGAGGAAGAAGGUGCCCCACCUGGCUUCGUCCCCCAGCACUUCCGACGGGGGCACCGACUCCCCGGGCACCGCGUCGCCCUCGCCCACCAAGACCACGCCAUCCCCGCGCCAUAAGAAGAGUGACUCCUCGGGCCAGGAGUACAGCUUGUGAACACUCACCGAAAUAAGUUUACACGUACGUUUAACUGGUGAUUGGUAGAGCAAGGGUCCAUUUCCAAGGGUCCAUUUCCAGGCACACUGUCUCCGCACUUUCUCCGGGGAGCUGGGAGAGAGGUGCCCUGAGCACCCAGCCUAACAGGGCCGCGCCCACUUGGAGUGCGGGAACCCCCGGAGGGCAUUCCUCGCCGCGAUGGUGCCCGAGGAGGCGGGUCUUGCAGGGUUAUCUUAAGCGAAUCACAUAAUUCUCUUUGGAGCCUAGUCUCUCGACCCUUAUUGUGAUUGGAAAGCGUCCACCUGACGUCUGACGAGGUGCUAUGUGUGUGACGAACUA